UUUCCAGCGUAGACACGUGCGCUGUGUGGUUCCGAGCAGAAGGCAGAAAACCAGCAAGAAAAACAAAGGCUUUGGCUCUCGCUCCUGUCGCGUUUCUCCUUCUUUUACCGGCGAACCCAAAGCCGACUAAACAGCCAUCAUGGUGAAGCCAAAGUAUAAGGGGAAAAGCUCCAUAAACCCCUCGACAUCCAGUUCCAACCCCGAUCGUGUCAAGGGAGCUGGUGGUCAAAACAUGAGGGACCGAGCCACGAUAAAGCGUCUGAAUAUGUACAGACAAAAGCAGAGAUGCGAUAAACGAGGAAAGGUCAUCAGACCACUACAGUACCAGUCAACGGUUGCUUCAGGCACGGUAGCCAGAGUUGAACCCAAUAUCAAAUGGUUCGCAAAUACUCGUGUGAUCAAGCAGUCGUCCCUCCAGAAGUUCCAGGAUGAGAUGAAUGCCGUGCAGAAGGAUCCCUAUCGUGUCGUGAUGAGGCAAAGCAAACUCCCCAUGUCCCUCUUGCAUGAUAAAGUUAAAGCUCAUAACUCCAAGGUUCACAUUCUGGACACUGAAGGCUUUGAGACCACAUUUGGACCGAAAGCGCAGCGGAAAAGGCCCAAUCUGAUGGUGGAGGAUGUGAAGGACCUGCUGGAGCAGGCCGAGGCCUCAGCAUUGAGUUACAAUGCAGAGAAAGACACAGACCUUGUGACUGAGGACACCGGAGUCCGGGAGGAAGCACGUGAAGAAAUCUUCAAGAAGGGUCAGUCGAAGAGAAUCUGGGGAGAACUCUACAAGGUCAUUGAUUCAUCUGACGUUGUCAUCCAAGUCCUGGAUGCUCGUGACCCCAUGGGAACCCGUUCCAAGAGCAUAGAGCAAUACAUAAAGAAGGAGAAAUCCUGGAAACAUCUGAUCUUCGUCCUGAACAAGUGUGAUCUGAUCCCCACAUGGGUCACCAAACGGUGGGUGGCAGUUCUCUCCCAGGAGUAUCCCACACUGGCCUUCCACGCCAGUCUCACCAACUCAUUCGGCAAAGGAUCCCUGAUUCAGCUGCUGCGACAGUUUGGAAAGCUCCACACAGACAAGAAACAGAUCAGCGUUGGUUUCAUCGGGUACCCCAAUGUUGGCAAGAGCUCCGUCAUCAACACCCUGCGGUCAAAGAAAGUCUGCAACGUGGCGCCAUUGGCUGGAGAAACAAAGGUCUGGCAGUACAUUACCUUGAUGAGACGCAUCUUCCUCAUCGACUGCCCCGGUGUGGUCUAUCCUUCAGAAGACAGUGAGACUGAUAUCGUCCUCAAAGGAGUGGUUCAAGUUGAGAAAAUCAAAAACCCAGAGGAGCACAUCGCAGCAGUUCUGGAACGCGCCAAACCGGAGUAUAUUCAAAAGACGUACCGAAUUCCCACUUGGAGCUCCGCUGAAGACUUUCUGGAGAAACUGGCGUUUCGCAGUGGGAAGCUUCUAAAGGGAGGUGAACCAGAUCUGGCCACAGUCUCCAAAAUGGUGCUCAAUGAUUGGCAGCGAGGACGAAUACCGUUCUUUGUGAAACCUCCUGGGCCAGAGGGGGAUCAGGAGGAAAAGCAGUUGGUGCCAAACCAGUCUUCAGAGGAAGUGGAGGAAAUGCAGGAAGAAGCAACUGAGUUAGAUGAAUCCCAGGACCAGAAUCAGAGGCAGAAGGAGCAGGUUCAGAAGAUCCUGUCCAACGUUCGCCAGAACUUUGGCAAGAUCAACGUGGCACCGGAGUUCAACGAAGAGGACAUGGUUCCUGUGGAGAUGCCCGACCUGAACUUGUCCGACUUCUCCGACUCCGAGGGAGACGCCGAAGAAGACGAGGACGAGGAGCCAGAGAGAACAGCCGGAGACAGCCAGGGAGAGUCUCCAAACCCUGAAGCCACAACCGAUGGCAACACCAAGAAGAGUUCGCGGGAAGUGAUCCGCGAGCUGGAUGACAAGAUUGCCAAGUACAAGCAGUUCUUGGACCGGGCCAAGCUGAAGCGCUUCUCGACAAUCAGGAUACCAAAGGCGUUUUCGGACAAAAUAUUGGCGGAUAAGUCUAAGAACCAGUGCAGAAAAGUCUCAGCUCAGAAGGCUCAAAAGAGGGCAGCUGAAGAAGAGGGGUCCAGCCAGAACCACAAACUCUCAUCCAAAGAGAAAAGGGCGUUGGAUCGGGCCGCGAGGACCAAGAAAGUCGGCGUUCGCUAUUAUGACACACAUAAUGUGAAAAACAAGAAUAGAAAUAAGAAGAUAGACGCCCAAUCACAAACAGCCGACCGAAGAAAAGCAAAGAGAGCGAAGCACUGACAAGCAUCAUGGCUAAACUGUUUAAUAUAACACUCAAAGUACAGCACAGGAGAGCGGGAGGUUGUUGCAAUGAAAUCACAUCCAUAUCUGCCUCCACCUCCAACUGCUUGCAUUCAUUCAUCUGGACUCUUGAUGUUCAAGAGAGGAUUUGUCUGGCCAUUAAGAGAAAUAAAAUAUUACAGCGUCACAGUGAUGAUGCUCAAGAAAGAAUGCAACCGUGUUUCCAUUAGGUCUUUGGUGUGACGAUCAUUUCCAGCUGAGUCUGUGAAACCGAUCAGAACGUCAGCACUCGUUUUUGGUUACAUUGGUGCAUUCGAUUAAACUCACCGUGAGAUCGUCCUUGGCCGUUUUCAAGAACUGGAUCUCAUCUCUGUGGUUAUUUUCCCUCAA